AGUCGAUCGCGCAGUGCUACGGGUGUGUUGUGCUCCAUAGCUCAGCCCCAAGCUUAAGUCGUUAAAGUCAGAUUUGGUGGUGGUUUUAAAGGGUGGUACAAGUUCAAGUUCAACGCGCGGGCGCGUGAAGAUCUCUUCGAAGACUGCUGGAAGUUUAUUCGGUUGGAGAUCACGGUGAAGGUGCGCAUAAAUCUGUCAACGUUGACAGCUAUAGUGCUAAUUGUGUGAUCGUGUUUUACCAAAGUGGACCACCGACAACAAUGCUGACGAGCAAAGCGCACCUGCUGAUGACCGUUUCGGUUGUGGUCCUAUCGUCGUCGUUCGUGGUGCAAGCGCAGAUGACCAAAAAGCGCUGCAUGAGCCAACCGAAUGUCUCCAAAAAGGUGGACAAAGUCAUACACGAGUGCCAGGAGGAGAUCAAAAUGGAUCUUAUUGAAGAUGUGAUUCGAGCUUACAAGGAAGACUGGCAUGACCGUAAGAAGCGGGAAUCACACGAGGACGACUUCCAACAUCCAACAAUUGUGUCGCACGAGGAUAAGUGGAUCGCUGGGUGCCUAAUGCAGUGCGUAUACCGGAAGAACAACGCCAUCGACAAGAACGGCUGGCCCACGCUGGACGGGCUGGUGAACCUGUACACGGACGGAGUGAACGAGCAGGGUUACUUUAUGGCCACCCUGAGGGGCGUUGAUCGUUGCUUAAAGGGAACCUCGAUGAAGUUCAAAGUGCGAAGGAACGAUGUGGCGGAACAAUUCGAGCAGUGCGGAGUUGCGUUCGACGUUUUCGACUGCAUUUCGGACAUGAUUACGAAUUACUGCAGUGACCAGCCGCAUCACGAGUUCAACUGAAGGUCAGCGGUGCAGCGUUAGUUAAAUUAUAAGUACCUAAUUAGAGAAAAUUUAAAGUUACGAUUAGUUUAAGGUGGCAAAGUGAUCUUAGUAAAAUCGAUAAGCAAUGUUU